ACCACCUCUAGAAAAGCAAUUGGCCUUUGCUAAGCAACUUUGGUGAUGCUCAUGUGGCUUGCUCGCUGGGCGCAGGGAUGGAUGCUCGCCAGUUGACCCUCAGCAUACCUCGACUAGAGGUCAAGACUUACCGCAGAGUCUGCAAUGCUACAGAUCGGAUCCCCAAGCCACCGCACUUUAUCUACCAUGUGCGAUGUAGUUGGACAGGCUCCAGGAGUGCGUUUGAGUUCGGUUCGGAGGAAGAUGCCGUCUCUCAACAAAGAGGUGAGAGUUACUGGUGGGAUCCAUUACCUUCAUGCUACACUGUGAAAAGACGGUGGAACGACAUUCAGAAGUUUCACCACUUGGUCGAUCAAUUGGCCUUCGACAAGCAGGGGGGCUACCGGCGGGUCAAGACUCGCACACCAGUUCUUCCCAAAGCUGGAGAACUGGAUGCCUUCCUUGUGUCCCUAGCAGCCACCGGCGACGUGAUGUCGCUCACACGUCGCCCAGCCGAUAUCACUCCAGGCAUGGAAGAUGCUCUUGGAGAGCUGGACUUGCUGCAUACGGUUUAUGUUGACCGCCUGAGGCCUUAUUUCUGGGAGAUCAACAAGGUCUUAGCUGAGCUUCCAGCCCACCUUUUGCAGGAAAGCGCUGCCUUGCGGAACUUUGUGACAAACGGUGUGAGCUGUAAGAAGAGGUACAAGGCGGAGACCUUCUUUGGCCGAGGACCCUUCUGUUUGGAGCCUUCACAGUACAUUGCGCAAGGCAAGAGAGAGGUACAGCGCCAGAAGCAGGUCAAAGCCGAAAGUAGCAGACAAAGUUCUCCUCGGACUGGUGAAGGUGAUGAUGCCAGCCUAACACGCCGCUCGAAGGCUUCUAUAAGGCGGCAAGGGUCUUCGUCCGCAUCACGGAGAGCGAAAACGACUGGAGGCCUCCAGCUCUCAUCCUCCUUGCCUGCGCUGAGUUCUGAGGCACUGGACAGAACCGAGCGGCGACGAUCUUCAGUUGACGAGCUUCUAAUGGAUGCUGAAGAGGACAGACGUAUUGAGAGGCUAGCUGCUUCGCAUUACGGCUUUUUCGCACAACGUAUGUCCAAGAAGGACAUGGCGCCUUCUUCGAAAGAUUAUUGGCGCUUGAUGUCCUUGAAGGAGAAGAAAGAGAUGGGUCGGCGGGCUAUGAUCCUUCCGCUUGACUCCGUGGCUCCCCCGCCUUCAAGGCUCGGUUCGAGGAUUCUGGAAGAUCCAGACGCCGACAACUGCUCAACGUACAGCGCUCGAAGCUUCUGGCUGAGCACCCCACAAGCGAAGGCCACCAGUCAGAUGUGCUCACGGCUGCCAAGCCUUCCUCCGCCGAACGAAACGGAGCCCUUCCGCCAGGACACGUCCAAGCCAAAGCCGGAACGAAGGCCAUCUCCGCAACACUCGCUGGGCCUGUCAUCCUUGAUGAAGAAGCCUGCAGAGAAGAUUGAACACAUGGAGGUGGUCAUGCGAGAUUUGUGUGAAGGCUUCCAGGUUUGCCUGCUUGGAGAAGCUGCACCACAGGUACCUCGAAGCAUGCGCCUCAAGGAGCCCAUGAAGCGCUAUGCGAAUCCUGAGCGGGAACAAACCAUGAAGGUUUACCGCUUGUAUUGCAAUUUAUUGCAGACAGAAGGCGUCGAUCCUUCAGGCGAGUCUUUGCCGGAGGCGCCUGAGAAGCCUCUUGACAAGGAGCAGAAAGGGAGGAACUUAUCUCCGAUGGGCCGCUCCUUUCUGAGUUCGGCAUCAAAGAAGGCCGGCGAGCAGGCUCGCCGUCGGCAGCGACGGAAUGGAAUCAAUUUUGGUCAGGAGCUUGCGCGGAUUACCUGGCACACGGUCCUGGGUUGGGCGCAGCACAUGGAGGAUUUGGCCGCGGACUUCAGGUAUCGCUCAGUGACAGCGGCUCUCAAUCGUGCCCUUCACCUGUGGAGGAAGAAGCAGGCAACACCCCGGCAAAGACAGGAGGGCGUGGAUUUGUCCAUGAUGAUCCAAUGGACCUGGCCAGAUGUGAAAGAGGAUCGCAUUGCAGACAUGAUGCAAUGGAUCUUUGAAUCUGAGCUGGAGAAGUUUCGGCAGCCGACCCCAAGACUCAUGGAUCCUCACGAUCGGCGCAUCUUGGAGGCCCUUUUCCGCCGUCUUGACGAAAAUGGUGUUGGAUCCUGCGCUCCGGAGGACAUUGCUGGUGGGGAAGAGGAGACUGAUGACCGGAAGGAGAACAUCGUGGAUGUGGAAACAGUGAAGGCAGUGAUUGGUGAGGAUCGCAUCGAACUGCUUCCUUUCCUUGAGCUCAUGUGUGAGAUCUCGGAGACUGGAGUCCGCGCACACCCGGGCGCGGCAGAGGUCUUCCGACAGGACAGUCGAAAGCUCGUACUGCAGCAUCGCAGAGCUGUCGGAGGCAAGAUUUGGGUCUUCGAUGGCACUCCAGAAGAUGAGGAACAGUGUCGCCGAGUCGCUGAUGUCUUCGAGGCUGAAGUUUUGCGCUGGAGGGCACUUGCAAACACAAAAGUCCCGGUGAAGCAAGAGGAGCCAGAAGAGCUCGAGCUGGAUGAUGCGGAAGAUAUUCUUGCCAUGCUGGAGACAGACAGCGAGGACGAAGAAGCCGUAGAGUGAAUGAGAAGACAGCUGACAGGGCAUGCGAAUAUAGUCAAUUCAUACCAAUUCGUCAAUUUUGGCAGAGAGGGGCCUUGACUCUUGGCUUUUCCAGCCAGGCCGCUUUUGCAUGCAUUUAGUUUCACUUGAACGCAGAUGCUGAAGUUGAACCUGC